AUGUCGCCUGAAGACCAGCCCAAUGCGUCGCCCAACGAUGCCGUAAGACGAUCCUGUUACACCCAUCGCCAGCUUCACCUCCUCCGUCAGGGCUCGACGGCUACUCCGCUCCGGGCAAUCGCACAUAUCGAUCUCGAUGCCUUCUACGCUCAAUGUGAGAUGGUGCGCCUCGGCACCCCUCGCGAUACACCGCUUGCGGUGCGACAAUGGGAUUCUCUGAUUGCGGUGAACUAUGCCGCGCGCCCAUUUGGGGUGACCCGGAUGAUCACCGCGGCCGAUGCUCGCAAAGUGUGUCCGAGUAUUGUGCUGCAGCAUGUUGCAACGUUUCGGGAAGGCGAAGGCGGCAGAUGGGCGUACCGGGAUGACUCGUUCAUGAAUAUCAAGACCGACAAGGUUUCCUUGGAUCCUUACCGUGCAGAGUCGCGGAAGAUUCUCAAGGUCAUCAAAGAAGCGUUAGACCGAUGGUGCACGACUGAAUCAGAUGGAGAAAUCCACCGCUAUACGCAGGGACUCUCAGCUGCCUUGGAAAAGGCCAGCAUAGACGAAGUCUUUAUUGACUUGUCUCCUCUGGUGUACAGUGUGUUGCUUCAGCGGUACCCGGAAUUGCGACCGGGCUUGCAGGAUGAGAAUCGGGAGGUGGAACUCCCAUCUCCUCCUACGACCGCGGUGCAGUGGCAUCCCGAAGACUGCCUGAUAGAUCUCGAUCUCAAUGAAAGAGAGGAAGAUGACCCCGACUGGGACGAUAUUGUGAUGCUUGUCGGCUCGGAGAUUGUGCGCACGGUUCGCCAAGCAGUCUGGGAUGCCCUUCAAUAUACUUGCUCCGCUGGUCUUGCCCGCAAUAAAAUGCUCGCAAAGCUAGGUAGCGCAUGCAAUAAGCCUGACAAACAGACGGUGGUGCGGAACCGAGCUGUGCAACACUUUUUGGGUGGCUACAAAUUCACUCAAAUUCGGAUGUUGGGUGGUAAAUUGGGAGACCAAGUCACGACUCUCUUCGGGACUGAGAAAGUGAGUGAGCUACUCAGCGUGCCUCUGGAGCAAUUACGUGCGAAGCUUGAUGACCACACGGCAUCCUGGCUCUAUGGAAUCAUCCGCGGGGACGAUCGAUCUGAGGUCAAUCCACGGACGCAGAUCAAGUCGAUGCUUUCGGCCAAAUCAUUUCGGCCCAGUAUCAAUUCUCUGGACCAGGCCGAGAAGUGGCUGCAUAUUUUUGCAGCGGAUAUCUACGGGCGUCUGGUAGAAGACGGCGUGCUUGAAAACAGACGCCGUCCGAAAGUCAUCACGCUGCAUCACCGCACGAUGCAGACUCGAUCUCGCCAGAUUCCUAUCCCUGCAUCCAAUGUGAUCGACGAAAAUUUGCUCUUUGAGCUAGCGAGAACGUUAAUGCGGCAGGUUAUGACCGAUGGACAACCUUGGCCUUGCUCCAAUUUAUCUCUCAGCGUGAGCAGUUUCGAGGACGGCGUGAGUAAAAAUCAUGCGAUUGAGGGCUUCCUUGUCCGGGGUGAUCAAGCCAAGCAUCUCAACCAGACCUUCUGCCCACGUGAUGGCGAGUCGACCCCGACUGAUUCAAUCCCGCCGGGAAAGAGGCGCAAGAUUGACGAGAGCGGAAUCAAGCGAUUUUUUGCCCAGCCGACUCGCGCUGAAAAAGCUGUUGGAUCCUCCGAGACCUCUUCGACUGUCCCGGAAAGGGAUCUUCUCGAAGCUUCGGUUCUACCCAUGACUGUCUCCGACGCCGAAGCUGACACGAGUCUCGUGCCUCAAUACAUGUGCAAUCGCUGCUCCAAGUCCAUGCAUGAAUGGGAGCGGGAGGAACACGAGGAUUGGCACUUUGCCAAAGACUUGGAGAUCCGUGAUCGACAAGAGGCGAGAGAGGCGCAACAGCAACCAUCUCAUUCGAGCUCUAGCGCCCCUCGCAGCUCCGCUGCUCGCACUCGAGGGACUCGUGGUGGCCGAGGCAAGCCUGAAAGGGGACAGAAGAGACUCGCCUUCUAG